AUGAAUAUUACUGAACAUACUGAAGAUGUAUUAAAUCCUUUUAUUUUAAAUUUAUUUAUAAUCAAUAAAAGUUCAACAUGUACUCAAAUGGAAUCAUUACCGGUUUCCGGUUUGUUCAGUUUUUAUCGUGCUAUAGGUUUAUUAUUAGGUCCAUUAAAUACUAUAUUAAAUGGUUUAUGCGUUCAUAUAUUUAAUCAUCAUUUAUGGAAAAAAUCAAUAAUGAGUAGAAUAUUAAAAGGAUUAUCUAUUAUUGAACUUGGUAUGGGAUUAAGUUUAUUUAUUCAUGCAUUAAUAUUUUCACAAAAUUCCACAUCAUCUCAUUCUAAUCAAAAUUUAUUCAAUAUAAAUAAUACAAUUAAUAAUAUAUAUCCUAAUUAUGAUAUACAUAUAAAUCAUUUAAAUCAAUUUCAACAAGAUUCUAUUCAUACAAAUGCUUAUAUUAAAACAAUAUGCUCAUUUUUUAUUACAACUAUAUCUAGUAGAUUUUUAGUAGCAUUUCAAAUAUCACGUAAUUGGUCUGUUGUAUUAUUGGCAGCAUAUCGUUAUGACCAAAUAUGUCGACCUAUUGGUACAUCUAGUGCAUUUCCACGUGAACGUAUACGUUAUAUAUUAAUUAUUAUAUUUUUUUCAGCUUGUUUAAUUGUUAUACCAAGAAUAUUUGAAAGUGGUAUAGUUGUAUGUUAUAUAUCAGGAAAUGUAUCUAAAGAUUAUCCUUUAUUAAUUAAUUAUAAAUUAUAUCAAAUUUUAUAUUUAGGUUUAGUUAUGUUUAUUGUACAAUCUGGUGGUCCAGUUAUAUGUGUAUGUGUAUUAAGUGCAUUUGUAAUAAGAAUUAUAGCAAAACGUCGAAAAUUUCAUCGAGAAAAAGAGCAACGUUCAGCUAGAAAUUUAUUAAGACGUCAAACAAUGGAAAUAGAAAAUAAUCAAUCAAAUUUAAAAAACAAUAUCAUUAUUGAUAAUAAUAAUAAUCUUUUACAACGUAAUUCAAAUGGUUUGACAAAAGAAUUAACUGAAAGACCAGCUCCAUCAGGUGAUAAAUUAAUGUUUGCUGUUUGUAUAACAUUUUUUAUUUUAGAAACUCCAGCAUUUUUCAGUAAAAUAUUAAAUCCUUAUUUAGAACAAGAUUAUCCAUUAAUUGAUUUAACAUUAUCAGUUAUUGCAAAUUUAUUAAUUUAUUUAGAUUCUACAUUGAAUGCAUUCAUUUAUAUGGCAUCAAAUCCUUUAUUUCGUAAAAUUGCUCGAAAUGAAUGUAUACAAUAUCGUAAUCGUUUAAUUUGUUGUCAAACAUCAAAAUCUACUCAUCAACUAACUAGAAUAAGUCGUAUUUUAGACACUGAAUCAAAUGCUAUCUCUAUAAACUCAUAA